AUGUCAGACCCAGGGGACCUUUCUAAAGGAAAGCACCAGAAGUAUCCACUAAGGAAACGAACUAUGUUCACAAAGAAACAAUUGGCAGCUUUGAACUUCUUUUUCAGUAAAAACCCAUACCCCAGCCCCAGCCUACAAAGAGAAAUGGCCUUGGAAAUGGAGAUACACCCAAGAGUACUGCAGGUUUGGUUCAAGAACCGUCGAGCGAAACUCAAGAAAGCCAAAUACGAGGAUUUUCCACCAAAACAAGAGGCUCAACAAGAGCAAUUAGCUGAGGCAGGAGUCAAAAUCAGCUCUUCCAAAGGAAAUAUGGACACACCUCCCAGACCCCCUGUUGGUGCCUCCCCUAUAUCUCUAGUUUACACAGAUCAUUCAGUGCCUUCCUUCCAACUCAGCCUAUGGCCCAGGUGGAAGGCUCUCACAGAGCAGUCUGUUGGCCACAAAAUAGUCCACUUUGGCUGCUGCCAAGACCCUAAUAUAUACUGUCUCUAUCCCGUUCUGGAAUCCCAAGCUCUCUUUUCCAGCUUCAGUUCUAAUUCUCUUGGCUCUUUGUCACCACAAAGAAUUUAGUGUGAGAUGCUAGACCCAGAAAGUUACAUCUGAUAAUGAUUUGUAAUGAUUCCCUUACAAGGAAACACUGAAAUG